AACCUGUGUACGCGCAGCUCGCACACUGAAGCGCGCUCUCGUGUGUGACUCGAGGACGCUUCGGCUAAAGCUACAAGAGCAGCGGGCGAGUAGGCCCUCGUCUGCUCUGCAUAAAUACGUCGUCGUUCAUUUUGUUCCGACAGACGGACCCUCCGGCCGGCUGGGAUUUCAAAUGCGCCCUAUUACAUAUGUGUGUGAAGGGGGAAAGCAUAGCGCAUGAUGGUCCGGGAAACCAGACACCUUUGGGUGGGAAAUUUGCCCGAACACGUCCGAGAGGAGAAGAUUGUGGAACAUUUUAAACGGUAUGGGCGUGUGGAGAGUGUUAAGGUCUUGCGGAAACGAGGAUCAGAGGGCGGCGUUGCGGCCUUUGUGGAUUUUGUGGAUAUUAAAAGUGCUCAGAAAGCUCACAAUGCCGUCAACAAGAUGGGGGACAGGGACCUUCGGACUGACUACAAUGAACCUGGGUCAGUCCCGAGUGCUGUUCGGGGCCUUGAUGACAGCUCCCCGUCGAGCAGUCGAGACGUUACAGGAUUCUCUAGGGGAACAGUUGGACCUGUGUUUGGCCCCCCUGUGUCCCUUCACACCAGAGAGGGACGUUAUGAACGCAGAAUAGAUGGUAGUUCAGAAACCCGCGACCGUGCAUAUGACCACAGCCCUUACGGACACCAUGAGCGCAGCGGGACUUUUGACCGACAGCGGCACUACAAUGCGGACUAUUACAGGGAGCGCUCCUUGUUUGCUGCUGCCGGUCCAGGGAGCAGUGCCAUCAGUGGAACCUUUGAGGCAUCAGACCCUCAUUUUGACUCUAGAAUACGAGACCCCUUCGCUCUCGCGCCGGCCACUCGUCGCGACCUCUACAGAGAUGACAGAGGACGCCGCGUUGAUAGAACCUACCAUCACCGCCGGAGCCGAUCAUCCCAUUCCUCCCAGUCUCGACACCCUUCCCCCCAGCGGACAACUGGACAGACCUCCAAAAGUGCUCAUUCCCCUAAAUGUGCGCCUUUGUCUCCUGGAAGAGGCCCACGUUCUCAAUCUUGCAGCAGAUCCUCAAGUUCUGACUCUGUGAGCAGCACCAGCAGUACAGGCAGCGGCAGCGACUCCAACAGCAGCUCAAGUGAUGGAUCGCGAGCGCGUUCUGUUCAGUCAUCAGCUGCACACGCGCCACCUCAGUCGUCGUCGAUGGUGCUCGACUCGGACGAGCCACGUCGAAGCUUUGGGAUUAAAGUGCAAAACCUUCCCGCACGAUCGACAGACACAAGCUUAAAAGAUGGACUAUUCCAUGAGUUCAAGAAACAUGGUAAAGUGACCUCCGUGCAGAUCCAUGGAGCAUCCGAAGACCGCUAUGGUCUGGUGUUCUUUAGACAACAAGAGGAUCAAGAGAAAGCCCUGAGUGUCCCGAAAGGAAAACUGUUCUUUGGCAUGUUGAUUGAAGUCACAGCGUGGAAUGGUCCUGAAACUGAGAGUGAGAAUGAGUUCAGGCCCCUUGAUGGUAGAAUAGAUGAAUUCCACCCGAAGGCCACCAGAACAUUAUUUAUUGGCAACCUUGAGAAGACAACCAGCCGUGAACAACUUUUUGAAAUUUUUCAACGCUUUGGAGAAAUUGUCGACAUUGACAUCAAAAAAAUAAAUGGAGUUCCCCAGUAUGCGUUUGUACAGUAUUCUGAUAUUGCCAGUGUUUGCAAGGCCAUUAAAAAGAUGGAUGGCGAGUAUCUUGGCAGUAACAGACUAAAGCUUGGUUUUGGGAAAAGUAUGCCUACGGCGUGUGUUUGGCUUGAUGGGCUAACAACCAAUAUCACAGAGCAAUACCUCACACGCCAUUUCUGUCGUUAUGGACAUGUUGUCAAGGUUUUAUUUGACAGAAUGAAAGGAAUGGCCCUGAUUUUCUACAACAACACAGAUUUUGCUCAGAAUGCAGUGAGAGAAACCAAAGGCUGGAAGAUUGGAGGCAGCAAAAUUAAGGUGGACUUUGCAAGCCAAGAGAGUCAGCUGGCAUUCUUCAGAUCUAUGCAGACAUCUGGCCAAGACAUUAGAGAACUUUAUGAAAUUCCUGCGGAACGGCGGGAGGAUCGCAGGCCCCUGUACCAUGAAUUUACAGCAGAGAGAGCUUAUUAUGAAACUUUACGAACGCCUGGCCUUUACACAGAGGAUGCCCGGAGAGAGUAUGCAGCUCGCAGUCGGGACCGUUUCCCUGAAUUGGAACAUUUUCAAGGAGAACAUUAUGACCCACGUUACCAUGAAGAUCCACGGGACUACAGGGAUUACAGAGAUCCUUUUGAGCAAGACAUUAGAAAAUACACCUAUAUUCAAAGAGAGCGAGAACGUUUUGAAGCUGACCGAAACAGAUGGAGUCCCUCUCAUCAUCGGCGCCCCAUUACCCCUGCAGUGUCGCCAUCGCCGAGCGAGCGAGCGCCGAGAGAAUCGGAGCGCCGAGUUUAUAGCCAGUCGUCUGAAAGAAGUGGUAGUGUAAGCUCACUCUCCCCGCCACACUUUGAAAAAUCUGAAAAGACUUUGCUGGAACACGCCUCAAAGGGUGACAAGACUGAAAAGAGCAGUCAAGCUGACAGAGUUGUAGGCCCCGAGAAACCCAAGCGGCCCAAACGAAAAGAGAAAGGCGAGAAAGCCGAGAGAGUCAAAUCAAGGAAAGUAAAAGGGCAAUCUCCAUCCAAUACGCUAGCAGACACGGAGCCUAAUGCUGCACAGGAAGCAGGCCAUGCAAAAGGAAAGGGAGUUGAACAAGAUGCCCAAGACAGGCAGAAACAUAAGGGAGAUAGUGACACUCAGUGCUCAACUGCGCUCCAUGACUCGGCGAAAAGCGAAAGAUCUGAAACGGCAAAAGGUGAUAAUUCUGAUAUGGAUGGGAAAGGUCGAGUCAAAAAGCAUAUUAAAACUGAGAUUGGAAAUGAUGGGAAAGAUUCGUCCAUGGAUUCAGAUCGCCUUGCUGCGAGAAAAAGGCGCUUUGCUGACUCCAGUGGGAAGACUGUUCUUCAAAAGCGAAGCAGGCUUGAUGAAGAGGAUUGUAAUCAAUCGCAAGACCCGAGUGGAAAAGAGAGAGACUCAGAUAAGCACAAAGAUGCCCAACGUAGAGAUUCAAGAUUUAAAAGUGGAACUUCGAAAGAUGUUCAAGAGGACAUUAAAGUGCCCAGAGAGAAAUUUGAGGGAUUGUUGGAACCUUCUGAGUCAAAACGGCUCCCAGCCCACACUACAUCCCGAAGAUUUUCACAUGAUGGAAAUCCAGACCAAGGCUCUUCAAGAGAACAGGAACACAGUGCGAUUUUCAAAUUUACUGGUCAGGUGCCCGAAACUAGCAAAGGCAUCAAAAUUAAGGAGGAGCAUGUUGAUAUUGACCUGUCUCAAAGUUACCGCAAGCAAAUGGAGCAAAAUAGACGCUUGCAUCAGCAGCAACAUCGAGAGUCGGACAAAUCUGGAAAAAAUGCCAAACCAGGAAGUCCACAAGAAAGUGAAACUGAAGAUUUGGAACAUCGCAGUCUUGUGCAUGAAGUUGGUAAACCACCUGAGGAUGUCACAGAUAACUUCCCCUCUCACAAACAAAAGAAGCUCGACCUGUUUGACAGCGAAGGAAUUAAGAGAGAGCGGGUGUAUAGGAGCUUCAGGCAAAAAAGUGAAGAUCCUGAAUGGAAUAACACUUCCUCUCCAGGACACCAGUUUGCCCACCAUACAGAGGAGGACUUUGAUCAUUCGCAGAAAGAGCUUGUAAAAAGUGAGAAAACUAACCCUGAUAUGGAGCCGCUUGUCAAAAGGACACAUAAUGCACACGUCAACAAACCCACCACACUCAAUACAGAAGAGGAGCAACAAAAACGAUGGGAGAGCAGAGUAAAACAAAACACGCUACCUGACCUAAACUUUUCUAGAAAUCUCAACAAAAAUGUCCACAACCGCAAACGUUUGGAGUAUGGCGUUUGGCAGGAUAUAGAGCCAGGGGAGGUAAGAUCAGACUCUGAAGAGGAUCGAGAAGCCAAACCACGGUCUCCCGUGGCGUCUACUUCAAAGUCUUUUUCUGACAGACCGAGGGGUGAGAGAUUUUCCGACCCAAAAACAGCACAUCUCGAAAGAAAUAAGUUCUACUCAUUUGCACUCGACCAGACGAUCACACCAGAUACGAAAGCUCUACUUGAGCGUGCAAAAUCCCUCUCAUCUUCCAGAGAAGAUAACUGGUCCUUCUUAGAUUAUGAUUCUCACUUUGCGAGUCUCCGUAGCCGCAAAGAUACAGAGAAGAUAGAAUCAACACCAAGGCCUACACCAUCGUGGUACAUGAAAAAGAAAAAGAUCCGAAGUGGAUCUGAAGAUAAACUCGAUGAUCGAAAAGAGGAGCCAAAGCCAGAGGAACACGAGCGAAGAGAGCUGUUUGCUUCUCGCUUCCUUCACAGCCCUGUUUUUGAGUUGGACUCGAGACGACUUCAGCAUCUGGAACGGAAAUAUGAAGAAGCUGAGAAUGCCCAAAACCAGCAAAUUAAUCUGCAUGGAACCAUAGAUGGCGAACUUGACUCGGGUCCAGUUGUUCUUUUCCAUAGUCGUUUUUUGGAACUCACAAGAUUGCAGCAACAAAAGAACAAAACCCAACCGGAAGAAAUAGGAGAUGAGAUAAAAGAUGACAAAGCAUCAACGGAAGAGCCACAAAUGUUGCAAUCACCUGAAACAAAGGAAUCUCUCCCCGAUCCAGAAAUAAAGCCCAUCAGUCCAGCUGAAGAGUUGGUAUCUGAACCCACGGUAACACCUCCUGUCUCACAUGCAGUGCCAAAAGAACUUCCUCCAAUAGAACAACCACCUCAAUUACCCACUGAGCCAUCUCCUACUGUGGUUUUCAUAAAACAGGAAAAAGAAAUUGAAAAUCUGCCUGAGCAAUACCCACCAACUGAGACUAACACUGGUUCAGAAGCUCCACCCAUCAAACAAGAAGCCAAUUAUUUAGAAGCUCAUUUUAAACUUUCUCCUUCUGAAAUUAAAGUGGAUGAGGUUAUAGAUGUCAAACCUAGUAUAGAAGAGCCAAGUAGCUGCAAUUUGCAGGGGUUUGUCAGUAGUUCAGAAGCAGAGGUUGCUUCUGUGGCAGGGAACACUGAAGUCACCCAAGCCCAAAGGUCUUCACCUCAUACUCGUGAAGACGCUAUAGUGAAGAAAGAGCCAUAUGCCACGGUUUCAGAGCCUGAGGAAGAAACACUUCUUAAAGUUAGUAAAGAGUUCAGCGAUGACGCUAACACUGAGGGAAACUCUGCCCCUAAGGAGUAUAAAACAAAAGAAAUGAAAACUAAAAAGACCAAGCCAACCCCAGCUGAAGUUGCUUCAAGUGUCGUCGUGCCUGCAUUGGCUCCUGAAAAGCAAGCCACGCGCAAGAGUGAACGCAUUGACAAAGAGAAAUUGAAACGUGGCUCUUCCCCAAGGGCCGAAUCGAAGUCCACAGGCAAGUCUCCUCUUCAUGGCUCGGACGGUGAUGUCUCGGAGCAAAGCAUAUCGUCAGGCAGAGCGAGACGUACAAACGUGAAAUCCGUUUAUGCGAGAAAACGGGGCACAGAAAAGGAUCUGACGCAGCAGCAGAACAAUGAGCAAGAUGUACCCGCACCGGCUCCUCCAGUCAAACGUGGCCGGCCUCCCAAGAAUCGUAGGCAGAGUGAAGAAGUCUCGACAGUUAAAAUGGAUAAAAUAAAAAUGGAUAACAAAGACCUAGAUCCAAAUGAAUCUGAGAGUUGUGACAGAAUCCAGAAAAAUUUGAAAGGAAAAUCCUCCCCUACUGCCAUGAAAGGUUCAACAAGUCAGUUGCCCACAGCUCAACUCUGCGGAUCAACAAAGAGAGGAGAAAAAUUGGAGUUGACUGAGGACAAUUAUCAGCAAAUGGAUUGCACCGAUCAGAGUACCUUGACUUUGGUAGAGUCAUCUAAAGAAGCCCAAUCACCUCAAGUUGAACAAAAGAAAGAGGACAAAUACAAAAGAGAUGUCAAAGACAGCAAUACUUUGAAUUUUGAUGGUAAAUCAAACGGCAAAGAGGAAUAUCCACUUGUGUUGGAAGACAAAAUGACCACAGAAAAGGAGAAGCCCAUCAAAGGAAAAAGCAAGACACCAAGGACCCCAAAGUCUCCUGUUCUGAAGAACCUAAAGAUCAGGUUGAAUGUCAAAGAGGUGAAAGAUCAUGUUUCAAAGUGCACCAGCAGAGGGGCCAGCAAUGAAGAUGGUGACAUUUCUUCUUUGGAAAAGAAGGACCAUUUGGAAACAUCAAAAAGUUUAAGUUCCCAUGAGAUGGAAUUGGAACAGGCCGUGGAGAACAUUGCCAAACUCACAGAUCCGUCUUUUCCAAGAGAGCCUCGAACACCAACUGGCCCAAUCACAGACUUGAAAAGUUUCUCAGAUGAUGAAAAACCUAAUCCAGCUAGUGAAACGGAACUCAUUGCUGCUAUCGACUCCAUCACUGCUGAGGAUAUAGCCAGCGUCCCUUUACCCCAAGCACCACCUGUUGGCGUUGAUAUAAGUUCAGAACCAGAGAUGCAAGACUCAAUUCAGCCUCCCAAGGAAGACAAACCUGAAAUGAGCACUGUUAAUAUUCAAGAGGAGCCUCUCCAAACAGCCACACCUGAAAAGGCCACCAAGGGAAGACCUAAAACUCCCAAACAUAAAGGCCAAAAGCAAGUACGGAAAGAUUCAAAAGAACCUCCACCAAGUGAAGAGAAAGCCACGCCAACUCUUUUAGCAUCCAGUGUAAAGGUUGUCCCAGAAAUUGUCCCGUCAGCAGCAGCGACAGCUGCUGUUAUCACCCCCACUACAUGGAAGCCUGAACAAGAACCUUCGGCCAUCAAGGCACCUGAUGUGAAAGAGUCUGAAUCACCUACUGAAGAGCAGAUUCAACAUAUCAAACCUGUUUACCCCCAGUCCAAAAGUCCGGUGUGCCCAAAGCCACAAUCACCCUCCAUGUCACCAUUAGCGUGCAGACCAAAUAUCAAACCCAUUCAAAACAGUCGAGCGCCUGUCUCGCCACCGGACUGGCUCCGCCACCCUGCCGAUUCAGGGGUUCCUUCUUCACCAGCCUUGCCAGUCUCACCCAAGGAUAAUCAACCAAUACCUGACUCUGAAAAUAGAGAAAUUGAUCGUGGUUCAAGCGAUCUGAGGCAGAUUCUUUUGAAACACAAAACCAUGUCUCUGCCUGGGAGCAGUUUCGUACCGGCUAACGUGCAACCGGCAGUCCAAGAUCAGCUCCUCGCUGAGCGUAAUACCACUUUAACAGUUGUGCCAACUAAAUCGCCCCUACCCGAUUGCAGAAUGCCGUCUCAGUCAGUUCGAACACCAGCAACACAACCGUCCCCUGAGACCAAGUCUGUGAUCUCCGUCAUUGCAUCCACUGCCUUGCACUCCUCUGUUAUUAGUCGUGUAUGCAUCCCUCCAGAGAACGAAGACGUGAAACUAAAUAUUGGUAAUCAAGGUUCAGACAUGACUUUACCUAAACACAACUACAGGCCUAGCAAAGAUGAUACGCUACCCUACCAUGGACCAACUAUCGGUGAUGAAGGGGGAAGUGCUACACGCUUCAUUGUGGAAAGUUCCACUCUUGGUACAAGCUCCUGCUCGGGUCUCCGGGUAAAUACAUCUGAAGGAGUCGUUGUACUCAGCCACUCGGGACAAAAACCAGAGGGACCCCAACGGAUAAGUGCAAAAAUCAGUCAAAUUCCACAAGCAACAGCGGGUGACAUGGAAUCUCAGCAGCUGGUUUCCAUGCCCCAAAUUAAACAAGACAUGUACAGUCACCCACAGACAGGCCUCCAAAAAGGGUCUUUCCAGACAGAUCACGGUCAUUCUGCUAAGACACAGUCGACCUUUUCUUCUAAUAAACAAGAAGGUACAGGUUUGGAGAAAAUGGAGCCUACUUAUCACUCUGGUCCUCAAGGAGUCGUCAAGCGUCUUGCACAGGGCAAUCAAAGUAUGAGCUCGAUGUACCACCAGGAGUACCUGCCGACAAAACAUCAAAAGAAAAUCGAUAGCGGAGAUUCGCAUAGCAUCGACGGUUCCAAGGCACAGUGGGCCUCUGCCAUAAGUCCUGCAAUAAGUCCACAUUUGCCCUCUCCUCCUGGAAAUCACUUUGUCACGGCCGCUGGGGACAGAACUCCCUCACAUCUCAGUGGCAACAAACAGGAACCGCGAUCCCCACGCAAGUCAAGUCAUCCGCAUUCUUCAUCACCCAAAGGCAUCCCGGUGAUGCUUCCCGCCAUGCAACAGUUUAUUUCCGGUGUGCAUCAUCCAGAGCAGUCCGUUAUCAUGCCUCCUCAUAGUGUGCCUGGAGGCUUGGGCCGAAUGUCACCGCACCCUGCUACCCAGUCCAUCCCGGUGGGACAUCUGGUCCAGGGAGACGUUCGGGUCAAUACUCCUCCGCUCUCGGUGAUGAGCUACGGGAUGCAUAGUGAGUCUCUCGGAUCUCCCUGGUCCGGUUCCAUGCAGCAACGGCCGACUUCACCCCAAACUGUCGGUAGAGACAAGGUCCUCAAGGUGAACCCGAGUGCGUUGAGGAGUCACGACAUAGACCAAGACGACUCCAGACGCUUCCACCAACAAGGACGACAACCUGCCGCACAGUUAAAACCAGAGACCAUGCAGUCUGAUCCUCGGGGGAGUUUCCGAAGUGGUGUGCCAAUUGAAGCGCUGAUGGCGCAGAGAGAGAUGCGUGCGCUCCUCCAACAACAAGGAGAGCGUUCAUCCGCAGACCCUCAUUCGGGCCACCUUCAAGAAACUCACCCUCCCACCUCCGCACCUUCCAAUUUACCCAUGUCUUUGUCUCCGAGGGCGCACAUUCUUCCUAAAGGUGUUUCCGAGAAGGACAUAGCAAAGCCGUUAGAGGCAAAGAGGCCCCACUCCCCUCUUUCUAAAGACGGAUUAAUGGCAAUCCGGCAGCCAGGACCGACAAUAUCGUCUCCCCAGAGAGCGCCGCUCAUGCCACCAGGACCAAGUAGCACCUUCCCGGAGUAUUCUCAGAUGUACUCCAACCCAAGAGGCGUCCAUUCCCCCAUGCCUGACUCAACAACGCAUGUUGUUCCCGAUGGGAAGAUUGCACAGCCUAAUAUGGUGCAGCUGCUCAUAAAACAUCCAAUCAUUUGGCAAGGGCUCCUCGCGCUAAAAAACGACACAGCGGCAGUCCAGUUGCAUUUUGUGUGUGGAAACAAAGCUUUGGCUCACCGAUCACUGCCCCUGCAGGAAGGUGGUGCCUUCCUCCGAAUUGUCCAAAGGAUGAGACUUGAGGCAUCUCAGCUGGAGAGCGUCGCCAGAAGAAUGACAGGCGAGUGCGACUUCUGCCUUCUGCUUGCUUUGCCUUGUGGACGAGAUCAAGAUGACGUUGUUAACCAGACGCAAGCUCUCAAGUCCGCCUUUAUAAACUACUUGCAGACAAAGUUGGCGGCUGGCAUUAUUAAUAUCCCAAAUCCAGGUUCCAAUCAGCCGGCCUACGUGUUGCAGAUUUUCCCACCAUGUGAAUUUUCAGAGAGCCACUUAUCUCAGUUGGCCCCCGAUCUUCUCAACAGAAUCUCCAGUAUCUCUCCUCACCUCAUGAUUGUCAUCACCUCUGUGUGACCUUCAAUGCGAGAGACUCUGUCUCAUGGAUGGAUGGAAGAACCACAGAUGGGCCUCAGGAAACCAGAGGAAUACCAGACUUUUUUCAUUUUCUUGUCAGUCUUUGAUCCUCCAACCAUUUUGUCAUCCCGUGUCUGGUCUUUUUGUCCUUCUCAAAAGAACUCAGGGAUGGACCAAACCAGAAUCACGGCUCGUCUUCUUUUUGACAAUUUCUGCUGUAUUUCUAUUUAUUGGAGUUUGACUUUUCUUUGAAAAAAAAAACACAAAUCAGAACGAUUGAGGAACAACAAUGAUUGACUCACAAGAUGGUGUUUUUGUUUUUUUGGUCUCCCCACCACACAAGAGGAUUGUGGAUAUUAAAAAGAGACAUAUCAUUGUAUUAUUUUAAAUAUGUACAGACUGCCUCUCCUCUACUGUGCUUGUUUAAGGGGGGGGGAUUAAUUAAAGAGACCCUGCAAGAGGACCACAGAUUUUAAUUCUACCAUUUUGGUGCAGGUUUUUUUUCUUCUUCUCUUCUCUCCACUACUGAAACAGUUUACACCUCCGGCAUCUACAUUUGCAUUGCUCAAACAAUUUCAUUUGAACAAUUUGGAACAUGGGACAUUGUAAAUAUUUUAAAUAUUUAAACUUGGACAAUGGAACUUGGUAAAGCUGGCAGAGACUUGAACUCUGGGAUUGUACCAGAACACAGAAUGAAAAUAGAUGGGUAUUCUUGAUUUCAUUUUUUUUUUCCCUUGAGUGUAAAUACUUGUAACACAAGAAGUUUAGCAAACUCUUCUGUGGAGUCUGCUGAUUGCACUUCGUAUUUUGUAACUCAAAUAAAAUAAAAAAAAAAUCAACAGAAA